AUGAUUUCGCCUCAUGUUCCGGGCGUGGGAUACACGUGGAUCAUUGUGGCCCAUCAAAAGGCGGCCAAGAUCUUUUCGUCACUAGUGACAGUCGGUGGACUCGUUACUCUCUACGUCCUUUUGUGCCUCUUCAAUUCAUGUCUACAACAACAACAACAACAAGAUGACGAUCCCUAUAUUCAACAAAGAAACGCCAUUACCGAAUAUCUGCAGAACCACAACCAAACAGUUUCCGUAGAACAAUUGGCAUAUUGUGCUUUUUUGUUGGUGGCAAUACCCAACCACAGCAACAACAGCAGCAACAACCAGCUAGACGAAACCAGCCUGCGAGGAGCCGAACAAAUCAAUGCCAUUUUCAACUUGAUCGUCUCCUUUGGCUUGGGCAUGCUUCUGUUGAUGUUCAUUUCGGCCAUGACGUUGAUGUGCUACCCUCGAAGCAGACAUGACUAUGGAAUGGAAAGAUGGGAGGAAAGAAGAGCCUCCAAACGAUAUCGGCUCCUCAAGAUUGGACUCUUGCUGCGGAAAUUUCAUGUGGUGAGUUAUCUGUCUUAUCGCAUCUGA